AUGGCUCGCCCGAUGCUCUUGCUCAGCCUCGGCCUCCUGGCCGGCCUCUUACCGGCGCUGGCCGCCUGUCCCCAGAACUGCCACUGCCACGGUGACCUGCAACACGUCAUCUGCGACAAAGUGGGGCUGCAGAAGAUCCCCAAGGUGUCUGAGAAGACCAAGCUGCUCAACCUACAGCGGAACAAUUUUCCGGUGCUGGCCGCCAACUCGUUUCGGGCCAUGCCGAACCUCGUGUCGCUGCACCUGCAGCACUGCCAGAUCCGCGAGGUGGCGGCGGGAGCCUUCCGGGGCCUCAAGCAACUCAUCUACCUGUACCUGUCCCACAACGACAUCCGCGUGCUGCGCGCCGGCGCCUUCGACGACCUGACGGAGCUCACCUACCUCUACCUGGACCAUAACAAGGUGACGGAGCUGCCCCGGGGGCUGCUCUCCCCGCUGGUCAACCUCUUCAUCUUGCAGCUCAACAACAACAAGAUCCGGGAGCUGCGCGCAGGCGCCUUCCAGGGCGCCAAGGACCUGCGCUGGCUCUACCUGUCCGAAAACGCACUCAGUUCCCUGCAGCCCGGCGCCCUGGACGACGUGGAGAACCUGGCCAAGUUCUAUCUGGACAGGAACCAGCUGUCCAGCUACCCCUCGGCCGCUCUGAGCAAGCUGCGGGUGGUGGAGGAACUGAAGCUGUCCCACAACCCCCUGAAGAGCAUCCCCGACCACGCCUUCCAGUCCUUCGGCAGGUACCUGGAGACGCUGUGGCUGGACAACACCAACCUGGAGAAGUUCUCAGACGGUGCCUUCCUGGGAGUGACCACACUGAAACACGCCCACCUGGAGAACAAUCGCCUGAACCAGCUGCCCUCCAACUUCCCCUUCGACAACCUGGAGACACUCACCCUCACCAACAACCCCUGGAAGUGCACCUGCCAGCUCCAGGGCCUCCGGAGGUGGCUGGAAGCCAAGGCUUCUCGCCCUGAUGCCACCUGCUCCUCACCCACCAAGUUCAAGGGCCAGCACAUCCGUUCCACGGACGCCUUCCGCAGCUGCAAGUUCCCCACCAAGAGGUCCAAGAAAGCCGGUCGCCAUUAAACAGGUCCUGACCCAGCCGGUCCUGGUGACUGGCUUCUGCCUUCUGCCGGAGAGACUACUGACCUUCCUGCCUCCCCCCACAGCCCCUGCGCAUGCACAGAGCUGCCCACACCUAGACACGUCCUGGCAGGGGGCCUCGGGCACUUCACUACCAACUCAGCCCCACCUGACGGCGUCCGGGGAAGGACACAGCGCCGCCAUGGUGCCUGGCUGUCCCACCAGGGCUCCUCUCAGACAAUCUGUUGCCGACAGCCCUGAGUCCAUCAGAAACACAACGGGGUGAUCAUCAGGAUGGCCACCCCUCCAGAAUCAUCCUCUUCCCCAGCCAUCUGGAAACAAAUGCCAGAUCCUUAAGCCCAUGUCCCAACUCUGCCAGACACCACCUGCCAGGACGGCCUAGCGGGACACCCGUGCUUUGCUGCACGUCACCCCCGCUGCAUUCGCCCCCAGAUUUCUAUAAAUAUAAAUGUAUG